AUGUCUCAAGCAGAGCAGCAGCAUACCGGUGGCUCCUUACAAGGGCCACCCAGCAAUAGCUCCGUCAGCCGUCCACCGCCGGCCUACUCCCGAACAUCUUCCCGCACCGUUCAGGCGCAAACCGUCGCACCGCGCGCGCCCGACGGAGCCGGCCCAUCGUCAUCGUCCGGAGCUCCGCCGCCAUCGUACGAAAGCGUCGUUGGGAGCAGCGGCAAAGCCGGGCCUUCUACAUCCACCCAGAACAAGAGCGCGCCAGGGUCGGGCUCGAAGGACGAGGACGGGGAAAAGUAUAUAUGCUUGGAUCCCGACCUGCCCGGGAUGCAUGAUGGGCCUCUGAGGGUCCUUUUCGCGCCGGACAACACCAUACCGGCAGCUAGGAGGACGUACUGGCGGUAG